GGCGUUCGUUUCAAAUAUUUCGUUGUUCGACAAGAAAUAGAAGAAAAUCAUGAUUUACUGAAAACACAGCUGGAGAAGAUGGAGCGCCAAGAAGUGCCAGGAUACGUCGAGGAUGAAAAGGGCGAAAAGAAGAAGAAGCCAGUUGAAGAGGAAUGGAUCAGUCAACCUGGUGCCUACACAACUCUGGUACAACGGAAAUUAGUGCGUCGACGUUUGGCCGAUGAAAAUCGCCGCCUUACGGAAUCUGAAGUAGGUUAA